AUGGCAGUAGCUGAGAACGGAGGGCCUGUUGAGGGUAUGAAGGAUAGGCCCAAUGGCCAUGCGAAUGGUCAUGUCAACGGGCACGCUGUCGGUCCGCUCGUUCGGCGGACAGGUACUCGCCAGCGUCGACGCAGCUGGACAUCGUGGAUUUUCAACAAUACUGCCAGGCUUUUCAUAUGGUACUCUCUGUUCACGAUCCUAUUUCGAUGUCCGUCCUCACCAGCCACCCUCACCGACUCAUCUCCCGCCGUCUGUCGACCAUACUUGUCUACAAGAGAAUACAUCCGACCCCAUGUACAGCCAUACUACGAUGACUACGCAGCUCCAUACGUGGCUAAGGCCGAGCCUUACGCACAUUUAGUUCACACACGGCUGGUUCGCCCAGCCUCCAAGAUUGCUCAAGUCAACUACGCCAAAUACGCUGCUCCCCAAAUUGACGCCGCAAAAGCAUAUUCACAGGCACAAUGGGAAAAGCAGGUUCUACCGCAGCUCAAUCUGGCCCGAGGAAACGCAGCGAAGCUGUACGAGAAGAAUCUAGCACCCCAUGUCGAUCAAUGGGCUGCAGUGGCUCACCCAUACUACACCUCCAGUCGCGAUUCUGCCUCGCACGUUUAUCAAAAACAGCUCCUCCCUGCAGCAGAAUUCGCCCGCCCACACAUUGGAAGAGCCUACAAUGCAUCUCAACAGUAUGUAUUGAGCACGGCAUACCCAUUCCUGCGGCAUGUCUGGGGUGACCUCAUCAUCUUCGUCGAUGGUACUUUCCUGCCUCUGAUCAAGGGCUUGUACAUUGAUAAUGUCAGGCCCCAACUGGUCAUGAUCAACGAAAGAAUCGCCAAAUACCGAGAAAGCCGACAUGUCAAGGCUGCUAUGGAUGAGGUUGACAAAAUGCAGUCUACUUUUACGUCUUCCACGACGGCAAGCGCAGCAGCCACCGCUUCGAUUGACGAUAUCUAUGCAAUGUUCGAGUCAGAAGACGAGCCGGAGUCCGCUACCGCCGCAUCUACUCAAGAAUCUCAACCUACCGUCAAGGAGCGCGUCAACCCACCAGUGGUCAGUGCCACAGAGGAACAAAUCACUGACGACCUGCGCACCUGGCAGAAGAAGUUCGCCGUGGCAGCUGACAAGGGCAGUGAUGAUCUUCGAGAACGCGUGACAUCUAUUGUUAGCAGUCUUGUGAAGAGCGACAUUGAUGGCGUUGGCCGACGAUUGGCUUCGGCUCUGGAGAAGACCACCGAAAACGAACUGGACAGUGUCAAAUCCAAGAUCAAGUCUACCAUCGCCUCUCUUCCCGAAGAUGCAAGUGCAGACGAGGUCAAGCAAGCCGCAGAAGAUAUCCUUGGCUCUAUCAGAGCCGCAGGUGCUGAAAUCAAGGCACGAGCUAAAAAUGUCCGCGAAUGGUCACAGAAUUUCGAACGGGCCCUGAUCCAGCGACUCACUGCAGCCUCUGCCUCCACCCUUGAAGUUCUGGACGGCGUCAAGGAUGUCGGCCUGCAGGAGGUGGGCAUGCGCUGGGCUUGGAUGGAAGGAGUCACUUAUAAGCAUUGGGAGAAAUUCCACGCUUUGCGGAAGAAGCUCGAUGAGUGGAAGACCGAGGUGCGCGAUGUCGCCAUGAGAAGCGACGAGGCAGAAGAAGCUCUGGCUACUGCGCGCCGAAUCACCGAGGAAAGCAUGGCAGUGACGGAGCAUGCAGCCAAAGAACUUGCCCGACUUAAGAGCGUCGCUCAGUGGAAACUGAAAGCACGGGACGCUUCCGACGACUUCGAGACUCGAAGUAUGCCUGCCGAAGCUGUCUCUGCUGCUUCCAGCUUGGUUGCUGAGCUCCAGGGUGCUUCAGCAGCAGGCGUGCAAUCUGCAAGCUCUGUGCUGUCCCAGGCGAGCGACUCUGCUUCGUCCGUUGUAGCCGGUACGACUACAGGCACCGUCGAGUCCGCCACGUCUAAAGCCAGUGAGGCUGCCAUGGAUGCCGUUUCGUCGGCCUCGUCGGCCUACGAAUCUAUGUCGCGGCCCUCUGAAUCUGUGAUUUCCCAGGUCAGCGGUGCCGCCGAAGACGCCAACGAAUCGGCUUCGUCGGUUGUCGUCGGAACCAGCACUGGCAGUGCGGAAGCUAUUCUUUCGGAUGCGUCCGGAACCGGCUCGAGUCUGACUGAUGUCGUGGGGAGUUCUGCAAGCUCAGUCUCGGCAUCAGUUGAAUCCCUCGUUUCACCUUCGUCCAAUAUUGCGUCCUCGGCCAGCUCUGGUAUCGAUGAUGCUGCGAGCUCUGCUUCGUCAGCUGCCGGUUCAGCAUCUACACGAGGUUCAAAGGUCUUCGCUGGGGCCAUGGCCGCAGAAGUGACAGGGUCUACACCUAUCCUUGACGAUGUCUUCGACAAUGACGGGUCGUCAUUUUCAGAAAACCUGCAGAACGUCGUCAACGCAGCUGGUGACCGCUACGCAGACGUCACGCGCGCUGUUUCUGAAGCAAUCUACGGAACCACCCAAGGAACGGUGGAGAGCAUGUCAUCUGUCGCAAGCGAACAGUACUCGAGUGCUUUGGCCGCAGCCUCAAACGCUUUGUAUGGGACACCAACGGGCACGGUAGAAGGCAUUACAAAUGCAGCGUCCGACAACUACAAUCGAGCAGUGGCCGCUGCGAGCUCCGUCAUCUAUGGCACGUCAACUCCAGUUAGCGAAUCAGUUCUGCAACAGGCCAGCUCACUCUAUAGCGACGCCAUCAGCCGAGCACAGGAGAACUAUGUUGCCGCAAAAUCUGUCGCUUCCAAACAGAUCUCUGGCACUCCUAAGCCGAUACACGAGCAGAUGUUCUCUUCGAUCGAUGCCGCAUACUCUGGCGCUCUGGAUGCUGCGAACAGCAGGCUUGAUCAUGCUCGUACUGCUGCGUCAAGCGCGGUCCCUACGACGAACCCGUUCGAGUCCGUUACCUCCCUGGCUUCUGCAAGACUGCAGGACUCGAUUGCCGCCGCCUCGGCGCAAUAUGCCAAGGCCAAGGCCGCAGUAGGCGCCACUCCAGCUCCUGCUCAUGAAAGAUACCUUCAGGAUGUCAAGAAAAACUAUUAUGCUGCUGUCGGCCUGGCACACGAGCAAUACGAUGACUUUGUCCAGGCUGCUUCAAGCGCGAUCUACGGUACACCUACUCCCGUCUUGAGCAGCCUGUCAAGUGCCGCAUCAGUUGGAAUCUACGGGACACCAGUGCCGGCUUAUCAGAGUCUCCUUGACUCAGCCUCCUCCCAGUAUUCCGCGGUCUCGUCAGCCGCCGCUGCUAGCCUCAGUGCGUUCAGCUCAUCAUCAGGAACAACAGCACAAAGCCUGUGGGAUGAAGCUGUUGCAGCAUAUUCCGGCGCCGUGGACGCCGCAUCAUCUUCCUUGUCGUCUGCUUCUUACGCGGCAAGCACUGCCAUCUACGGCACGCCUGCACCAUACUAUCAAAGUGCUUUUGACGCUGCAUCCUCACAAUAUGAUGCUGCCACUUCGGUCGCUGCCUCUCAGUAUUCAGCACUGCUAGCUUCUGCUUCUUCAGCAAGUGGCAAGAAGAAGGGAUCUUCCGCGCAGGCUGUAAUCGACUCCAUCUCAUCGCAAUACGAAGCUGCAAUGUCUGCUGCGGCAGCAUCUCUUUCAGCAGCCAGCCAUGCUGCAAGCACCGUAGUUUACGGCACUCCAGCUCCGUACUACCAAGCAGCUUUAGACUCGGCGACAUCCCAGUACAAUGCAGUAUCGUCAGCAGCAGUUUCCCGGUACAUGGCAGCAUCGUCAGCACUCGGCGCGAAAAGCACAGCGCCGGCGAAAAGUGCCCUUGACUCUAUCUCAGCUCAAUACGAUGCCGCCCUGGCUGCGGCGUCAUCGUCCCUUUCAGCAGCGAGCUAUGCAGCAAGCACUGCCAUCUAUGGUGCUCCGACUGGGUCCAUAGAAUCGAUGUCCAGUGUCGCUUCCCAAAAUUGGGAGGCUCUGGUAUCUAAAGCCAGCGAACAGAUUUACGGCACUCCAAAGCCAUUCUACGACGACUAUGCCAGCAAGGCAGGGGAAUACUCGGCCCAAGUCACAGACUUCGCAGGCGACAAGUAUGUUAUCAUUCAAUCGUACGUGUCUGAACUAGUCGUCGGAAGGGAGCCAGACUUUACCGAGUCGGUCAUGAGCCGCUUGAGCUCUGCAUACUACACCGGCUAUGAUUCGGCCUCUAGUCUUGCCGGCGACGCGUACAGCUCUGCGUCAUCUGUGGCUUCCUCGGUUGGGUCCGCUGCCGCCUCCUACUUCACCCCUCCGCCUCAGGUGUCCUCCAUUCUGGACUCGGUCACUGAUCAACUCAAUGCCGCCGUGGAUGCAGCAAGUGCACAAGCCUAUGGUACCCAGAAGGGUACAGUUGAACAAGCUACCUCUGCUGUGGCAGAUAGCUACUCCUCCGUCGCAGGUGCAGUGAGCGAGGCGAUUUAUGGCACUCCUGUUGGCUAUGCCGAUGCGGCGUCAUCAUCAUUUGCUGAUCUGGCCAAGAGCGCGCAAGACGCUGUGAGCAUUGCUGUCUAUGGCACGCCAACCGGAACAGUCGAGUCUCUCAGUAGUGCUGCAGCAGAUACCUAUGCUUCUGCUUCGUCUGUCGCUUCGGAAAACGCCGCCUACGCUGCUUCGGCGGUGAGCGAUACUAUCGACACCGUGCGAGGACAGGUCUCUCAGGCAUUUUAUGGACCCGAGCAGAGCUACACGGAGAGUAUCAACUCUCAGAUCGCCGAAGCUGUCGAAAGUGCGCAGAGCAGAAUCGCUGCGUUCUACAGUGAUGUUGGUCAAGGCGCCACUGGUGCUGCCAGCGCCGUUAGCGAUACUGUCGCCAGUGCGGCGAGUGCGGUGAGCGAGUCCGUAAGCAGCGCCACGAAGUAUGUCAAGGACGAGUUGUGA